UGUGGCCCUGGGCGCUGGUGUAGGGGCUGAGAGCGCCAUGGCAGCAGGGUGGCGGACAGCCCUCGGCGUAGCUACAGGCUCAGCCUUACACAGUCUUCCUGAGGCGUUCCGUAAGACCGUGGCUCAUGUGCACCUCUGCUUGAGCGAAGACCAGGACGAGGUGUUCGUGAGGGGGGUGUGGAAGGGGGGCAGGACCCCCACGAGCGUGUGGACCCCCUUGGAGUGCCAGGUCACCGCCCUGGGCCACUCAGCCUACCAUAGUGACGGCGCCACCUAUGUCCUGGUGGGCCGCGUCCGCUGCCUCCUCCACUAUCUGGCCCUAAUCCGGAGACUGGCAGCCAAAAACACUAUCAAUAUAACUAAAACCUUGUAUCUGCUUGUGCCCACCGAUGCGGUAAACACGGACGUGAGAGCACUAGUGGUAUCAAGCAUCCCUGAAAAGCUGAAUGUUGUGCUGCUUAGCCUUCAACAUUCCCUCGAAGAAACCCUUGGGCCAAGAAGAGAGAGCCGUGAAGGGAAAAACAGUGUGAGGGAGUUGGUGUUCGCGAGCAGGAGAGACGACUCGACUGAGCGAAUGCAGACGCAAUUCAGACGCCAUGAUGGGAAGAGUGAGCGUGAUCAUAGCCAGAGGCUCAAACGCCAGAACACGGCGAGUGAGCGUGCGAGCACGAACUUUGGUGCUCAGCAGACAGAAACAACUUUUCAGCGCAGCAGCAAGACCAGACCGGAGACCAAUAAGGGGGACUCUAUCAGCUCCUCCUCGGCGAGGCUUCAAGUCACCCUCCACGUGGCGGAGUCUCCUGGGGACGGCAGCGUCUUCUUCAGAAAGGUCGGAAUCUGGAGCUGGUCUUCUGGGCUAGUGCUCGACGGGGGACUAAAAGCAACACCUUCGGUCAACUUCUACGGCAGGAAUUUGGUUAUGACCAUUGUUUAUAAGCCUCGGGUGUUCGAGAUGCGCGGAGGCCGUCAGGAGCGCCCAGGCUCCCUGGAGAACGCGGACGGGUACGCCGCCGAGGUUGUCCGCACGCUGCAGCGAGGACUGAACCUCUCUGUGGUGCUCAUGACCACUAACACCUUCGGUAGCCAGCUCCCCAAUGGCUCUUGGAACGGCUUGAUGGGUCAUCUGACACGAGGGGAGGCCGACGUCUCGCCUAUGGACUUCUCGCCAUCACUGGAGCGGGCGCUGGUGGUGGACUUCAGCGAGUGGUUCAGUAGGGACAACGUUAUCAUCGUUUCACAGGCGCCCCGGCCUCUCCAACGGCCCUUCCUCCUCCUGCACAUAUUCUCAGGCUGGGUGUGGGUGACGAUUCUGAUAAUGGGUGUAUCUUCAGGAAGCUUCCUGUGGGUGCUGGACCUCGUGCUGGGCACCGUCCGGGCCGGCAGGAAGUUGCACCGGAGAGAUGCCCCAGUGACGGAAGUCCACGUCUCCUACCUGGCCACCGUCGCCACCAUCCUCAAGCUCUUCGUCCUGCAAGGGAGCAGGACCUGGAGCGUCUCCCUGUCAGCCCUGGUAGCCGCCUCCUGCGUCUUCCUGGCGGUGGUGUCGUUAGUGGGAGUCUACCAGGGCUUCAUCGUCGCCUUCCUGGCGGUGCCCAAGAGGGGGCCUCCCAUAGACUCAGCCAUGGACCUCAUCCAGAGGCUGGAUACCGUCAUCCCGAUCGUGCGCAAGAACACGGUCUAUUACCAGUUCGUUGUGAAGUUUGAGAGCUAUCGCCCCAUAGCGGCAAAGCUGACCUUCCAUCAAGAUGAGUUCAUCAACACCUGGGGAUUUUUUCAACUCGUUCACUGUGGAAAGUACGCGCUUAUUGACACCUACUCCUCGGGAGUGGGUCGGGCCGCCAUGUUUGAGUCAAGGGCAGAGGAGUGUCGCUUCCACGUGUCCCGUCAAGUGCUUCAGCCCGAUCUCGACCUUAUGGCUUAUCGACAGAAUUCUGUCUUCAGAGAGAGGAUCGAUUUGGCACUACGCCAGUUGCGUUCCUUUGGCAUCAUUGACAAAAUUAAAGCGGACUUCUACUCGACAUCUUGCGAAACACAGCUUUCCAAGGGGAACCUGCAAGCUCUUAAUCUUAUCCAGAUGCAGAGUGCAUUCUACGUGUUGGUGGUUGGGCAUCUUGUAGCUCUCAUGGGCUUCAUUGUAGAGAUUACCUGCAACUCUUGUAGAUGCCAGAGGGUGCUGAAGGCUUCAUUACAACUACAGUGACUCUUUACUCUAGUGGACUCUUCUGUAUAGUGACUCAUAUUGUCUUUCAUCUGUAAGGAUAUUCCUGCCCUGCAUACAGGAAAGCGACUGGUGGUGAAUAUGAAAGCUAAAUGCUGAACCAAUAUUUCUUUAAUAGUAUCAAUUACUCUGACAAUCCCCGCCCACCUGCAUCAUCAGUAUACCCCACUGUUCACAUUGUCAUCUGUGUACCGCGCUCCCUCUCCACCCAACAGUGUCAUCAAUCUGUAUACACGUGAGCUAGAAUGCCUCCCCACCCCCAUCACUCUACAGUAUUGCCAGUCAGUAUACUUAGCUAGCAAAUAUACCAACCAGUAGCUUUUCUGUUUUUGACACCUGAAGUCAUAUAACUAGUAAGCAACAAAAGGUUUAAAAGUUUUGGGUGCAGUUCUUUUGCUUAAACACAGUACUGUAGUAUAACACGAAGGCAGGUAAUUAAGAGUCAAAGUAAAACAUAAUAUUUAUUUAGAAAAACCAUUAAUAUCUAUUGCACAACAUGCUGUGAAUAUAGUAUGAAAAGUAUAAGAUACAUUUCUUUAAAUGUUAGUUAUGGCACAGAGACCAAGAAAUAAAUAAAAUUUGAAAUACAGUAAUAUGAUCAAAUAUAUUGUAUUUACAAUAAUCAAUAAACAAUACUUCAUU